ACGUGAUACUUUUGGAGGAGAAGUGUGCAGACCUGCUUGGUGAGCUUGUGUCGUGUGAUGAGAAAUCUCACGAACUCUACCACCUGUCGGUCGCCCAGGCUGAGAACAUGCUGCAGUAUCUGUCAGACCACAGCGUACAGUUUGGCUUCACUAAACUACAGACAGCAAAGCUUGGAAGAAGUCUUUCCGUUUUUGUGUGUCAUUUGAUGCGGAAGAUGCCUGACAGUUUGCUCAAAGUCUACAAGCCGCUGAGAAACCAGCUUGUAUCGUCUUUCCUCGAGGCCGUUGGGUCGACAACAUCAGCUGAGUUCAUAGUGGCACCGUUGUGUGAUCUGAUAAUAAGGGAGAUACAGGAGUCCGUUUCUGUAGGGAAGGCCGGAGCAGUUGACGUGGCAGCCAGUGGUGCUGAUAACAAGGAUGGCAGUAGUCAAAACAAGAUGACGUUGUUGUCACAGGCAAAGAGAAAAAGAAAAUUAACUAAAGAAACUCCACCUGAAGUCGACAACCAGGUGAAGAUGCCAACCUUCAUAAAGUUACUUGAGAAAGUGAAGAAUGUGCUCAGUGACAAACAGGCGAGGGAAACGCUGUUCACUCUGGAGGCAGUUAGUCUUCUGAUAGCUGUGUCUGUGAGGUGUGUCGUUAUGUCUCGCAAAAGAUCGUUCGCUACCAGGUUCUGUGAGCUGUCCUCGUGGAUCAGUCGCCCAAUGACCAGGCAGAUCGUGGACAUUUGGAAACAGUGUUUGUACAAGUUCACCACGUUAGCCAGUGACAUAAAUAACGGCUUUUGGUCGAUCGUCAAGUCAGCUGGUUCAAUUCUGGCAAUUCAAGACUACACAGUUGCUGAUUCCGAACUGUUCACAGAUCUCGCCUGGAUUGUCUCCAUCCCAUGGCUUCCGAAUGACCCAUCGUGGCUUGACUUGAAGCCUGCCGGUUCAAAAGAAAUCGGAAAACUUAGCACUGCACUGUCUGAGAAAAUAGAAGUGUCCAUGUCAUGUGAAUGUCUGCAAGUCCUGUCACGGUUUCCAAAGGAAGUUGCUUCCACAUGGAGAAUACAUAUCUUUAAACAAGCUUUUGGAGACUCCUCAAGCCAGGUUCGACUGGCGGCACUGAAAUCUUUCCCAUUCCUCCUGACAACUCUGGGUAGUCAUGGCAACCAUCUGAUCAAUGACCUGAUCUGUCCUCUGAUACAUGACAAAGACGUUGAGAUUCAAACAACACUGGCCGGUCUUGUUGGUGUCCUUGCUUGUGUUGUUAGCCGUAAAGUUGUCUUUGGGUGGGACGACUUUACCAAGAGUUUUGAGCCAAUAUACAAACAUCAGAUUAUCAACUGCACUUCUUGUGACCAUGUAGAAGAUAAUUCUAAGAUGACUUCAGUUCGAGGAGGCCGUAUCCAGCCAAAACUGAUUCCAGUGGAGCCCAACAUGUUCAGUGUGUUUUUCAAACUGCUUGAAUCGGAUGAUGUCAGUUUGAAAAAAGCUUUCAUUACCAGUCUUAAACAACUGUUCAGUCACAUGAAGCCACAAGCAAAUCAUGCUGCCAUCAUCACCAUGAUAACAGAAUGCCUGAAGCUGAUCAAGGACGAGAAUUAUUUUGUUCGAUUUCAAUUCAGCAAAGAGAUCCAGUACCUGCUGGUUGCUACUGACACUAGCAAGACUGAGUCUAGGGAGACGGAUCACAUCAUUGUGAAAACUUUGAAAGAGACGUACGAACAGGCGCGGGCCGAGAACAACACACGACUCCAGGAAACUGUAGCCUUGACCAUUGGUCAGCUCGGCAGAGUGGCAGAAGGUGAUCUAUUGCUGGUGGUGAUUGUCAGCCUUCUUGAAAGUAUACUGUCUCCUAUACCACUGAUUGCAGCUACUGGCCACCUACAGCUUCAGGCAGUUGCCAAGUACAAGAAGACGAAACCACAAAAUCUGUUUGUUGAUUUCCGAAAGGCCAUUUGUAAUUUCCUUGUUGAAGCCAUGCACAAUGCUCAGAUGGCGCAAGGGGCAGACAACCCUGAAGAAAUUCUCCGCAAAGUAGCCAGUACUUUAGGAUUUGCUGAUGUCAAGUGUUUUCUCCAGGGAUGUGAAAAGUACAUGUUACCCCACCUGGUGAGCAAAGCCACACCUGAGGCUUCAUCCCUGAUCAAACUUCUUGCAAGUCUUCUGUCAGUGCCAAAUCGUCGGAUAAUGCUAAUCAACAACACCAGGUACAUCUUUUCCUACUUGAUGCGGUUCUGUCAGAAGUCGGAUGUUGAGAAGGCCUUCAAUUACCUUCAGACUGAGACGAACUUUGAGUUGGGAAGCUUGUUGCGUCUGCAUUUCCAGAGAGUCCAUAACGAGCUGCUGCUUCACCUGAGCACCAACUAUCACCAGGUGUUUACCGGUCUGCGGACACUGUCAACAAACGACGAGCAGUAUAAAGGACCUAAAGACAUCUCCACACCAGAACAAAUGGCUGACUACCUAGAACCCCGACUGCUGGGAGUUCUGGCCUUCUUUGAUUCACAGCUGAUGACAUCAAGCAUUUCUUUACAAGACAAGAAAGUGGCUAUGGAAAGUUUGAUUUCCAUUAUUCGUCUGAUGGGAACCAAACAUAUUAGCUCCAUACGACACAAAAUGAUGAACACCCUCAGACUUGGUCUCCAGUUUCGUGACAGAGAUUUUAUUGAGAUAUCUUGCAGAGCUUGGAAUUGUUUUGUCAGAAGUCUGGAUCUGCCACUGCUGGGGACGAUGAUGUCACAGAUUAUAGCCACCCUUCUGCCCCUGCUGGACCCCCUCCCAGCACAGGUGUCGGACAUCUUCACAUACAUGAUAGUACAGAACAGUAAAGUUCUCCACCAUCAUUUCCAUGAGAUCUACUUCCUGCCUGACAUGCCGGAACUGGCAGAUGCUAAUGCUGUGCUGAAAAAAUACACAGACGGACCGUCAAGCCAAUCGGACUUGAAGACGAACCUGGCGUACUCUAUAAAGGGUGUCACACACGAAAGCUUGGACGUUCGGAUUCAUGCACUUUCCAAACUCAGGAAGCUGCUACGAGAGGAAAAGGAUGUUUUGUACGACUAUGUGUUGGGCAGCGAGUCAGCAGACCCCAUUGUUUCACAGCUUGUGUCUGUUCUACUAGCCGGUUGUCGAGAGUCGGAUGGAAAAGCUGAAUGUCUGUACGCGGAAUGUCUCGGUGAGCUGGGAGCCAUUGAUCCAGGAAGACUGGAGCUUGUUUGCAACAACCCCAAGGAGGAGAUGGCAAAGUUUCAGGCAAGCAUUGAUGAUGACAACUUCGCCAUUGACCUCAUCAACAACAUAAUCAAGGCUUUUCUAGCAGCCACGGACCCUACUAAACAGGAUUGUUCUGCCUAUGCCCUACAAGAGCUUCUACAGAUCUAUCAGAUCAGUGAGCCGGCGGCGACCAAGCAAGAUGGCGACACGCGGGGCACCAAGCUGUGGAGACGCUUUCCCGAAAACAUUCAAGAGUUGCUCAUUCCACUGCUCAGCUCCAAGUACAAGCUGGCACAAGAGACUGAUUGGUCCAAUCUGCCGAAGCCAAUAUUCCACAGUAAGAAGGGAAGUAACUUUAAAGACUGGGUCAGCAACUGGACAGGCUAUCUCAUAUCCAAGGUGAAGCAACCAAAGGCGUCUCUGAUAUUCCAGUCGUGCUCGGCGUCGAUCCGUCACAACACCCACGUUGCCCUGUAUCUGAUUCCACAUGUAGUAGGACAGGUUCUACAGGACGGGAAGGAGGAGGAUAUUACUGAGGUCUGCAAGGAGAUCCUUGAAGUGCUGAACCAGGUGAAGAAACCGGACACGCGACAAGGAAACCCGUCUGAUUUCAGCCACAAGAGUGCCCAGACAGUCUUCUCCAUCCUCGAUUACCUCACCAAGUGGCAGCGGCACCGAGCUCAAAUAAAAGCAGCGGCAAACCCCAAUCCUAAAGAAGCAGCAUAUCUGAGAGAUCCUGGGUACAGAGCAGUGAGCGCCUUCCUCGAGAGAGUUCCGCAGGAUGUGCUGGCGCAGGCCUGUUUCAAUUGUGAGGCGUUCAGUCGCUCUCUCAUGCACUUCGAACAGUUUGUGUCAGGAUCGAAACAAAACCUGCAGCAGCACCUUGACUUCCUACAGAGACUGUACGUGUCUAUGGACGAGUCCGAUGGAGUGGUUGGGGUGGCCGCUAUCAGACAGAGUCAGGCCACGUUGAUGCAGCAGAUUCUCAGUCACGAAAGUCUGGGUCAGCAGCAGGAUGCGCAGGCGUGUUAUGAGCGAGCAAUCCAGAUCGAGUCAAAUGACGUGGGACUUCACCAGGGUCUCCUCCACAGUCUGAUGGAGCUGGGACAGCAGAACAAGGCACUGCUUUACGCUACGGGUGUCAUCGCCGAGAGACCGACCUGGAUGAGCCAGCUGAAUGCAUUCCGUGUGGAGGCCGCAUGGAAACUCGGCAGCUGGGACAAGCUGGAGACAUUCACGAAGCCAGAGAGAAACAAUCGCAGCUGGCCGGUUGUCAUUGGCAAGAUUCUGCUGGCUGCUCGAGAAAGGAAAGAAGAUGAGUUUCGGAAAGAGCUUGAGAUGGUGAGAAGAGAACAGAUGGGACCACUGUCUGCUGCCAGCAUGGAGUCUGGUUCCUACCAGCGUGGAUACGAAUAUAUUGCACGACUACACAUGCUGAACGAUAUAGAAGAAGCUCUGCGAGUACUGGCCGACUUCCCAUCACGGUCCAGUGACAGCGAGCCCAUCACCAGGAUCCCGCCAAUCGGUCUGCUCUCUCAGUGGCGGUCCGGACUGCAGAUGGCUCAGUCAUCAUUUCGAACCCAAGAACCGAUCCUGACACUGCGCCGCACGCUGCUGUCUCUGACUAACACCAGCGAGGACGAGAUGCUCAACAUGCAGGUCGGCAAGUGGUGGCUGUGGAGUGCCAAGGUGGCCAGGAAAGCUCGUUACUUGCAGACUGUAAAUGGCUGUCUCCUGCAAGCCAGUGCCUACAACCUGCCCGAAUUCUCUUUAGAAAAGGCCAAGUGGCUAUGGGAAAAGGGAGAGAAUGAUGCAGCCCUGUCCUGUCUGGAGAAGAGUAUAGCUGAACACUUCAGUGACGUCACGCAACUCAAACUGGACCACAGCGACGACGGCAUCAUGAGGAGACGCAUUUACGCUCAGACACUGUUGCUGUGCGGUCGGUACAGCGAGGAGACGUCGAGCAUGCAGAGUAACUCGAUUGUGAAGCUGUACAAGGACGUGAUCGAUAUCCACCCCGAGUGGGAGGACGGACACUUCUACCUGGCCAAGUACUAUGACAAGAUCAUGACAACUAUCAUCGACGACAAAGACCGGCCGGAGAAACAGGGGGAAUUCAUCAUCUACGUGGUGAAGUAUUUCGGCCAGUCUCUUCAGUACGGGAAUCAGUACAUCUACCAGUCGAUGCCGCGCCUCCUCAGUCUGUGGCUCGACUACGGGACGGCAGUUGUCGAAUCGGAGAAGAAAGAACAGAAAAAGAAUUCUCAGAAAGUCCAAGCGCAGAAGGCCAUCUUGAUGAGAAUUAACAAGGUGAUUGCGACACUGAGUCAGUCGCUGGCUGAGUAUCAGUUCUUCACCGCUUUCCCGCAACUCAUCUCCCGCAUCUGUCACGCACAGCCGGACGUCUUCCAGCAGCUGCAGAAUUUGAUUGCUAAAAUCUUGGUUCUGUUUCCGCAACAAGCCAUGUGGAUGUUGAUGGCUGUUUCUAAGUCGUCUUACUCCAUGAGGGUGAAGCGAUGUCAAGAAAUAUUUGCCACUGCUAAGUUACUGAAUCCCGAGUUACACAAGUUCAUACAAGAUGCGACAAAGCUGACCGAGAGACUGCUGGAAUUGUGUGAGAAGAAAAGUGAAACGCCCACACUGAGUGUGAGCCAGCACUUUAAGCCUCUGAGACGACUGCUCGAAGACAGCAAUUUCAGUUCGAUCCUGCUUCCUCUCCAGUCGGCCAUGACAGUUACGUUGCCGACAUUCCAGGGUGCUAAGUCGCACAGCUCUGCGUUCUCUGACAACCAGGUGUUCAUCUGUGGCUUCGAGGACAUGAUUGAGGUUCUGCCGUCUUUACAAAAGCCGAAGAAGAUCACAAUGAUUGGCAGUGAUGGGAAGAAGUACGUCAUGAUGUGUAAACCAAAGGAUGACCUGCGUAAGGAUUGUCGUCUGAUGGAGUUUAAUGGCAUCGUCAACAGGUUUCUACACAAGGACGCUGAAUCUCGCCACAGACAGCUCCACAUCAGAACCUACACGGUGAUCCCUCUGAACGAGGAGUGUGGCCUACUGGAGUGGGUGAACAACACACAUGGUCUGCGCCACAUCGUGAUGAAGCUCUACAAGGAGAAGGGGCUCUACACCACGGGCAAGGAACUGCAGACCAUGCAGCCAUCACUACACGCACCUCUUGAUGUGAAAAUGAAAAUAUUUCGAGAGAAGUUUUUGCCACGGCAUCCGUCGGUGUUCAAAGAAUGGUUCUUGCGAACAUUCCCAGACCCAACAUCGUGGUACAAUGCCCGACUGGCAUAUGCUCGUACCUGUGCCGUGGUGAGUGUUGUUGGAUAUAUCCUCGGUCUGGGUGACAGACAUGGAGAAAACAUCCUCUUUGACUCGACAAAUGGGGACUGCGUGCAUGUUGAUUUCAACUGUCUUUUCAACAAGGGAGAAACGUUUGAAUGGCCCGAGAGAGUUCCUUUCCGACUGACACACAACAUGACUGGUGCACUGGGUCCAAUGGGAUGUGAAGGUGUAUUUCGGCGAGCCUGCGAGGUCACAUUGCGUGUUAUGAGAAAUCAAAUGGAUCCUUUGAUGAGUGUGUUGAAGCCAUUCAUCUAUGAUCCGUUGGUGGAGUGGAGCAAGCCGCCGGCUGGGAAGAGAUCAAACCCCACAGAAUCGGGAGAAAUUUCAAACGAACAGGCGAUGAAUCAUGUUCAGAACAUAGAGCACCGGCUGAAGGGCAUCUUGAAAAACAAAACAAAACCAAGGGGUCUUCCCUUGUCCAUAGAGGGUCACUGUGACUACCUGAUACAGGAAGCAACUGACGAAAAGAACCUUUGUCAAAUGUAUGUAGGUUGGGCAGCCUACAUUUAGUAUCCAGACAUACCUCCAGUACAGUCUUGAAGUAUCUGCAGUACCAUUUCCAGUGUUACAGUUAAUUAAAAUGGCUUAGUGUUUUUUUCACAGAACAGAUGAACAUUAAUGAAACUUUAUUUGACAAGCAGUUAUAGUAACCUAUUCCAUAAAGCAUAAAGUAUAAUAUGUGUGGGAAUAUUUAUUAUCCAGAAGGAUCGCCAGUUCAGUCUUGAAGUAUUUGCAUUGACAUUUCCAGUGCCAUCAUGAAAUACUCUAAAUACUGUCUUGUGAAACCACCUGCCUUUGUUUAUUGGUUUGUGACAAUAUUACUGAAGAAUAGGAACAAGUUAUAGCUAAUUAAAAUGAUUCAGUGCUUUUUUCAAAGAAUAGAUGAAAACUGGUGAAACUAUAUUUGACAAGUGGUUAUAACAACCUAUCAGAUAAUUAUCUGUGAGAAUACUGUGUUUUAUAACUACAAUCAAUAGAAAUCAAGAAGUGUGGAAUAUGUAGUGCGUUUCAUUAUUUGUAAGGUUGUGGUGGUCAGUGAGGAUGUUUCAAUGAGUUUAUCAUACUUCUGUUACUAGGUUACUGUGAACCAUAGGAAUAGUAUGAUACAAAACAGAAGAAGAAAACAAAAACAAAUGGUGUAUUAAUGCACAGAUCUGUGAGAACUUAAAGACACAAUUGAAAAUAAUAGAACUUGGAACCAGAAUAAGAGGGCAAAUCUAAAAGAAUCGGAAUACAUGUAGUGAGGUUGUGAACCAGUAAAAAUAAUGAACAUAAAUUGGUGAGACCGCGAGGAAUCAGUUACUUAAUAUCACAUGGGAAUGGUUUUCCCUUGUUGACAUAUUUUUGUCACAUUACAAACCUUUGCAAGUUGCAAUGAAGGGUGUUUUUUGUUGUUGUGUUUUUUUUGUUUUUUUAUUCACAGAUACCGUUACAAUUUCAAUUCAACUUAUUUUCAUUCUUAUAUCCAAUUAAGGUUCAAGCAUGUGGUCCUGGGCAUGUUUGUG